AUUCGCCUUUCACGUUGCUUAUUUGCCCGCCAUUACAACUAGAGAAGAAGAACAAAACGGAAACUACGAAAUUUUCGCGCGAAAUGUUGUCCAGCGUUGGUGUGAGUUGUCUGUUCUGAACGUUUCUGUAAAAACCUUCCUUUUUGUUCGAUGCGGGUUUUAAAUCAAAGCUGAUAAACGGACACACACACACACACACACACACACACACACACAGGCUUUCUUUUUGUAUCGAUUAUUGAUUGCGUUGUUGUAUCCGAGCUCGUGCAGCAGUGAACGAGGAAACAGGAUGAAGUAUUUCACCAGGCUGAGAGUCAGGAGAGUGUACAAGUGGCGCGGGGAGCCUUUAACUUUCAACAGGAAGUUGAAAACGUAUGAAUAUGGCUCCUUGGCCAUCAGUGUGGAGGGUCUCCCAAAGACCACGGUCAUUAACACGGGCCAACACAUCCUCAUUGAGGGCGAGGACGAAGACAACCCUUACGUGGCCAAAGUCAUCAGGCUGUAUGGUGACGAGAGCGGGAGGCAGAAGAAGGCGGUGGUUCAGUGGUUUGUGCGUGUGUCUGAAGUGCCUGUGAGCAAGCUGAAGCUGCUGGGCAGAGAGCCCCACCCGCAGGAGAUCUUCUACUAUCAGGGCCGCAGCUGUGACGACGAGGUGGACGCCGAGUCCAUCCUCAGGCCUGUGCAGGUGAAGCGCCUGGAUGGAGCGGCCCCGUUCCCGGACGGCGACAGAGACGCCCUGUACGUGAAGCUGUCCUGGGACUCCAAAACCUUCAAAGUGCUGGACUCUGAACUCGCUCCUCCUUCCUGUCCCAAACCCUCCCUCCCCCCCUCGCCCCCGUGCUCCCCGCCUGCAGCGGCUCCGGCGUCCCGAGGCCCCGCUCGGCGCGCCCUGCCCACCCCGGACUUCGCCAUCAUGCGGCGGGCCGCGGCGGGGGAAGUGAAAAUCAGCCGGGCCACCAUGAGCGCCAGGAAGGCCAGCGCGGCCGAGGCUGAGUCGCUGCACUCGGCCACCAAACAGUCGGCCUCGAAAUGUCUGAGCAGCAAGAGGAGGAGCGCCUCGGCCAGGACGCCCGGCGUCCGCAAGAAGCUGGAGCUCAGCGGUCCGGAGAAGACGUCGAUGAUCCGCGAGGACGUCCUGAGCCGGCUGCUGGACGAGGAGCUGGAGUCGGAGGUGAUGUUGGCUCAGAGGCUGUCGGCCUCUCCUCCGCAGGCGCUGGCCCUCACGCACAGCCUCGCCCCCGUCAGGAAGGGCCACCAAGCCGCCACCGCUCCGGGCGCUUUCUCCCUGAAGCCCGCCGCCAUCGUCCUCGCCAAACUCCCCGAGGCGGACAGCCCUCUGUCGUCCACCAGUCCUCAGCAGGGGGACGAUGUGCCGGAGGCGCGGUUACCCACCGGCUCGGUGAGCACGCCGAGGAGAAGACGAGCCACGCCGAGGAGACAGGAGGCCGCCAGGGGGCAGAAAGCUACCACUCCUUCUCGAAGAAAAGAACAGAAAACCCUGAAGGAACCAGCCCUGGGAGUGCUGGCUGAAGAGGACAGCGACAACUGUCCGAUGCUGCCGGUCGCCGCCACGCCGCGGAGCUCCAAGAGGAAGUCGGCCCAGCUGGUGUCGUCUCGCAUCCGAAGGCAGCUGAACCUUCUGGACAACCAGCUGGACCGGGACUCGGACUCGGACGGAGAGGACGAGUUCGUUCCCUCCAGGAAGGAGCUCCAGAGCAGCAGCGACGAAGACGAUGAUGAUGAUGAUGAGGGGGAAGAAGAUGGCGACGAGGACGCCGUGUUUUUAAAAAAAAGCCGACGUGCGUCUACGGCGACUCCUCGCUCCAAGCAGAGGACUCGCUCCUCCACCAGAACGCCGCGGAAAACUCCCAACAAGAAGGUCACACCCGGCACGCCACGGACUCCUCACGGCGCCACUCCCAGCAUCCCCAGCAGGACGCUGCCGGCCCGACAGCCCGCUAACGUUCUGGAGGAGGCCAGAACCAGGCUGCACGUGUCCUCGGUGCCGGAGUCUCUUCCCUGCAGAGAGCAGGAGUUUCAGGACAUCUACAGCUUCGUGGAGAGCAAGAUCGUAGAUGGCACGGGCGGGUGUAUGUACAUCUCCGGUGUUCCCGGCACCGGUAAGACGGCCACGGUCCACGAGGUGAUGCGCUGUCUGCAGCACGCGGCCGACGUAGACGAGAUCCCUCCUUUCCACUUCAUCGAGAUCAACGGGAUGAAGAUGACGGACCCUCAUCAGGCCUACGUCCAGAUCCUGCAGAAGCUGACGGGUCAGAAGGCCACGGCCGACCACGCCGCAGCGCUGCUGGAGAAGAGAUUCAGCAACGCCGCUCCCAGGAAGGAGACCACCGUGCUGCUGGUGGACGAAUUGGACCUGUUGUGGACCAGGAAGCAGAACGUCAUGUACAACCUGUUUGAUUGGCCUACGCGGCGCCAUGCCCGCCUGGUGGUGCUGACCAUCGCCAACACCAUGGACCUGCCGGAGAGGAUCAUGAUCAACAGAGUGGCCAGCAGACUGGGUCUGACCAGGAUGUCGUUCCAGCCGUACAGCUUCAAGCAGCUGCAGCAGAUCAUCAUGUCGCGGCUCAACAAGGUGAAAGCCUUCGAGCAGGACGCGCUCCAGCUGGUGUCCAGGAAGGUGGCCGCUCUGUCGGGCGACGCUCGCCGCUGUCUGGACAUCUGUCGCCGGGCGACGGAGAUCUGCGAGCACUCUGCCGCCGACCCCUCUGCCUCAGGAUUGGUGGGAAUGAGUCACGUCAUGGAGGCGCUGGACGAGAUGUUUUCCUCCGCCUACAUCACGGCCAUCAAGUGCGCGUCGGUGCAGGAGCAGCUCUUCCUCAGGGCCGUCAUCGCUGAGUUUCGGCGGCUGGGAUUGGAGGAGGCCACAUUCCAACAGGUGUUUGUGCAGCACCAGGCUCUGUGUCGGGUGGAGGGUCUGCAGCCCGUCAGCGUGUCGGAGGGCCUGGCGGUGUGUCAGCGUCUGGGAGCCUGCAGGCUACUGCUGCUGGAGCCCAGCCGCCUCGGAGUCCUGCAGCGAGUCCGCCUCAACGUCAGCCAGGACGACGUGCUCUUCGCCCUGAAGGCCGACUGAAGGAGGCUCCUCUUCAGACUCAUUGAUCUGAACCGUUCAACCCGAGUUAUACACACACACACACACUGAACAUUUCAGCUUUUAAACCUUAAAUCACUUCUUGUGUUGAACUUCAGACAGAAAGUUUUGCAUUUGUUAUUUUUUUGUCCCCAGUUUAAAAUGAGAUUUUUCUCUUUCUGGGAUUAUUUUUAAAGUUGUAUAGUGCAUCUUAUUUUGUAUGUUUCAAUGUAUAUGCAAUAAAACCCUGUCUUUAAUAUGA